CCGGGUGAAUUGAGUUGAGUCUACCAAUGGUUACGAAAAGAAGUUUCGAAAAUUCAAAAUGGCGGAUCCAAAAUGUCGGACAAUUAAAGAAUUUGAUUCAUUCUCUCGAGGGGGUUUUUGAGGUCGUUGAUUACAAAUAUUAUGAAGUCAAGUUUGAAAAAUCCGAAAAAAUUUCCAAAAAUACAAAUUUUCAAUUUUAUGCAGUUAUGUGAGCAUUGCAUAUUCUGAAUAUUUUCCAACCUACAAAAGCAUGUAACAGUAAAAUAUUUUUCUCCUCCGGUGGUACUUGGAGCAAAAAUUAUUUUUUUUUUUUUUCAAACUCCACAUGGACAUAAAUGGUCCAGACCAAUCUACAACUCGAAGUACAUCCUGAAAUCUUUGUCCAUGCUUUAGCGCUUGGAGAGUCUCGUUAAUCUUUUUGACUGAUGUUUCGAUCCUUCUUAUUGAAGAAAGAUCGAAAAUGUUAUAUAUAUAUAUAUAUAUAUAUAUAGGUAAAACGAAGUAAGCUUAUCUUGUCUGAGCAGUCUAUACUGUAGAGUUUCUGGCUUUACUGCAGUUGCCAUGCUACAGAGUAGGGAUCUCAAGACAUCUAACUACAAUAUGAACCAGUCGGAAUUCAGUGUGUGUAAGCCGGCCGGUCUCGAUGGGUCGUUCUGACCAACUCUAUCAUUAUCCAAAAAAAUGUUUAUUUUUGUAAAAAAAAAUUUUUUUUUUUCUCAAACGUGCAAUUUUCUUCCUUGUAAAAAUUCACAAAAUUUAAUAUUUAAUAUCAGUAUUUGCACAUAAGAAAUUUUUCAUUAGAGUAUCAAAAAAAAAAAAAAAAAUUGCACAAAAUGCAAAUAAUUCGCAAAAAAAUACAAUACCAUUGAAAUGUAAAAAUUGCAAGACGGAAAAAAAACAAACUUUUAAAUGCAACAAAAUAAUUAAAAAAAUUAAGGUUAUUUAAAAGAAAUAUUUUUUUUAAUUAUUAAUAAUAGUGUUUCGUGAAAAUCAAUACAAUAAGUGUCAACGAACUGUGUAUUUUUAAAUCCACAAAUAAGAGAAGCAUAUAAUAGAAAAUAGAACUGAUAUUCUCGUUCAAAUUUUUGUGAUACCUUAUAUAUAUAUAUUUAAACAUGUCACAGCGAGGAGAAAUAGAAUUUUUUCUAUUUUUAAUACUAUUUUCGGAGCACAGUGAGAUUUCUCGAAUGAAAAAACAAGCAAUUGAGGAGUGAUUUUGCAACUUUGUUUUUUUUUCAACAGUGAAACUCAACAGACAACUUCUUUUUUCCAAAGAUAUAUAAAUGGAUGAUUGGGGUUGAAAGUGAUUAAUAAAAGAUUUAACAAAAGAGAAUUUUAUCCCACAGGGUAAAAAAAAGAAGAUAAAUAAAAAAAAAAAACUUGAAAUAAUUGGAAAAAAAAGAAUAAUUCACUGAAAAAUGACACAAACGGAGGAAGUUUCAAUGACCUUUGAGUCCAAGGCACCGGCUAAGCAAAUGAAUGGGGCGGACACUGGAAGGCGAGAUCAGGAGGAAUUAUCGCCGACCUCGACUUCGCCGUCGGGUCGGAACGAGACAAGUGGUGGGUCGGUCCUGGCGAUGGGCAGUGCCGACUCAGCCGGAGAUACCCACGACGGUGGACCUUCCUGUGGUUUGGUGAGCUCACUAUUCCCCAGCAGCUGUCGAGGCAGAGCUGAAGCAUUCGCCAGAAGUCUUCACCGACGACUGACUUCCCUAGGUGGAGAGAAUGGCAGCAAUGAUGAUGAUUUUGAUUUAUCAAAACCAAAUGAAACAUCAUGGCUACACUCGACAACCAUCAAAAAUGGAACUAAUUCUUCCUCGAAUAACAUGAAUCAUGUACUUGAUCAUCAACCACGUCACAGUCCAGAAUCUGAUCUCUUUUACGAUCUUGAAGGUGAACUCGAAGAAAAUGGAACUGGCUCACCUGCAGAAGAAGCAUCUGCAGCAGAACUAGCACAUCUUCUUGUCAAUCAUCAAUCUCUAAAAAUCAAUAAUCGUUUUCCUCCUAAUGGGACAAAACUUCCUGGUACCAGUCAGGAUUCCGGUUCAUUACCCAGAACUGGAAACAAUACCCCGGAAAAUGAAUUAGCUCAUCUAUUGGCGAAUCAUCAAACACUAAAAAUUAAUAAUCAUGAUCGUUUUACUGGAACAAGUCAGGAUUCUGGAUCUGAUGGUGUGUAUUCAUCUCCCAUGACUGGAAACAACACACCGGAAAAUGAUGAAUCUGACCUAUACUUCGAUCCUUUAUCAUCCGAUGGGGAUAAGAAGAAGGAAACUUUUUUCGAUCCUAUUAAUUCCUCAGAAAACGAGGGAUUAUCCACUCUUUCUAAUGGAAGCGAGCCUGAUAUGAUUAGAGUUCUUCGUCGAAAAUUAGAGAAAACUAAAAAUCAGGACCCGAUAACUAAUGAUGAGGAAACCUCUGAUUCUAGUUGUUCAUUACAAAAGGAUGAACUUGAAAUCUCAAGAUUACGAACAAAUCCUGUUGAAAGUACCGACGAAUCAUCAAAUGGAAGAAGUUCUAUUGAUACCACGUCACAUGACUCACUAUGGAGUACAUUUGACGACAGUACCUUAUCUGAAAAUUCUGUUAAAAAUGAUGCACUUUGUAAUAUCCAUAAUCGGGUUCCUAAGUCUCAUUCCGAUUCAGAGCUACCAGGGAUGGUAAAUGUUAACGAUAUUCGACCAACCAGAAGGAUAGAUGUUCUAGAAGAGGGUGUAGAUGAAGUGGACUUUGCUAGUAGUACUUUUGAAAAAGACAAUUUGAGAGACAAACUUAAUAUUUGCCUCAAAAAUGGAUUAGAUCUAAAGAAUAAGGAUGAUGAGGACAGUAAUAACGCUGAAAUUGAUAAGGUGACUCCAAUCGAAGAACCUGAUCAGUCGACCAACAUCAGUACAUUUAAUAUACCAGGUGCUCUGACUUUCGAAUGCAUCAACGGAGCCACAAUCGAGGAACCAAUUCAAACCGUAAGGAACGAAGUACAGCUGUUAAUAAACGAUGAAUUAAUACACAAUUUAACAGAUGCAUCCGAAGUCCUACAUAAAUUUGACACUACUCCUGACAGUGAUAAUCAGGAUGAAAGUAAUACCACCACUAAUCUUCAUUUGCCAUCCGAAGACUCUCCAGAAGAAGAAGAAGAAGAAGAAGAAGAGGAAGAAGAGGAGCAAAGGCCACCAAGAGUUAGACGAUGUUCAUCCUUAAAAACCGGCAAAACACCACCAGGAACACCGGGUAGAAAGAAAAUAGUUCGUUUCGCCGAUGUUCUUGGUCUUGAUUUAGCAGACGUGAGAACCUUCCUUGACGAAAUUCCAAAAGUUCCAAAUUCCGCCUAUUCCGAUUUAAUUUAUGACGAUAUAUUUCAUAAGGAAUCAAGUCCCAUUAAUUGUGGUGUUCAAACAUGGAGCGCUAGAUACUUAGACAACAAUCGAACAAAUUCGGUGGUUCAAAAACCAGACAAAACGCUGGUCCCACUUUUUCAGCAACCAGGAGGUCUUCCAAAUUUUCUCGAUUUUGUUCGCGAUCGACGUGUUUGUCUGGAAAAUGUUGUUGUCAGUGAUCCCAUGACUUUAUGCAUAAAAGGAACUGUUCGGGUGUGUAAUUUUGAUUUUCAUAAAUCCGUUCAUAUCAGAUACACCUUAAACUCGUGGAAGACCUAUAGUGACCUUCAAGCAACAUAUGCGCCUAAUUCUUGUGAUGGUUUUAGCGAUAAAUUUAUUUUCACUCUUUAUUGUCAUACACUUCGAGUUGGUCAACGACUUGAAUUUGCAGUUAGAUUCCAAUGCAAGGGCAAUCAAUAUUGGGACAACAAUUUAGGUGCAAAUUAUUGCUUUCAGUGCCUACCCUCAUCUCCGGCUGUUGGAUAUAUACCAAUCACUGCGCCUGAAAACGCACACGAUUGGACGCCAAUGUUCUAUUGAUUUGAAGAACAUAAGAACUGGAUAUAUGGUCCAGAUGAUCUGGUCAUAAAAUAGAGAUACUUCAUGCUGCAUGCGAUCUUGCGGAAAUGGCUCAAGAGAUCUAGAUCGUUUAUAUAUAGAUGAUAAAGAAA